UAGUAUGUAACAAUAAUUCCGGAGAAUAACCAAACUAAGGAGUGUUGUGUCCUAUAAAGAAGGCUCAUCGAGGGCAUGUCGUUUUCUUAUCGAUGUUUUAAUCUUCCACCAACAAAAGAUAAAGCUUUAGCUGCGUUGGAUACGUACACUGAGUUUCAGGGAAACACGACAACUGCAUUUCAAUGGCGAGGCACGAAGAGCUACCGGUUCCAAUCUUUUCCACACUCGAACCAGUGUACGGAGACGGAUCACAACUCGAAGAAGCUCAGCUUCGAUAUGACAUAUUAAAAUCCAAAUUCAUCCAAUUCUUCGGGCACCCUCCUCAUCUCUACGCUCGAUCUCCGGGGAGAGUGAAUUUGAUUGGAGAGCAUAUUGACUAUGAGGGGUACUCGGUGUUGCCAAUGGCAAUUCGGCAAGACACGAUUGUGGCCAUACGGAAACACGACGCCGGAGAAUCUGAAAAGUUGCUGCGGAUUGCCAAUGUUAAUGAUGACAAGUACACCAUGUGUACUUAUCCCGCUGACCCUGAACAGGAGAUUGAUCUACAAAAACACAGAUGGGGUCAUUAUUUCAUUUGUGGGUAUAAAGGUUACCAUGAGUAUGCUAAAUCAAAAGGGUUGGAUGCUGGUGUACCAGUUGGACUUGAUGUUAUUGUUGAUGGCACAGUUCCUACAGGGUCUGGAUUGUCGAGCUCUGCAGCAUUUGUUUGCUCUUCUACAAUUGCUAUAAUGGCUUCAUUUGAUGCGAACUUUCCAAAGAAAGAUAUUGCUCAACUUACAUGUGAAUGUGAACAACACAUUGGGACACAAUCUGGUGGAAUGGACCAGGCAAUCUCUGUCAUGGCCCAAUCCGGGUUCGCCGAAUUAAUUGACUUUAACCCUAUUCGUGCAACUGAUGUGCAACUUCCUGCUGGUGGGUCUUUUGUAAUAGCCCAUUCAUUGGCCGAAUCCCAGAAAGCAGUCACUGCUGCUACAAAUUACAAUAAUCGGGUUGUUGAAUGCCGUCUAGCUGCUAUCGUUCUUGGAAUAAAGCUUGGUAUGAAACCUCAGGAGGCUAUUACCAAAGCAAAAACUCUUUCUGAUGUUGAAGGGCUAUGCGUUUCAUUUGCCGGAUCUUCUGAUCCCGUUGUUGCUGUCAAGGAACUUUUAGUUGAAGACCCUUAUACAGCUGAAGACAUUGAGAAGAUCACGGAGGAAAGCCUGCAAGCAAUCUUUGCUGAUUCUCCAACUUCUAUGGAUGUGCUAAAAGCUGCCAAUCACUAUAAGUUAUUCCAGAGAGCCUCCCAUGUCUACUCUGAAGCCAAGCGGGUAUAUGCUUUCAAGGACACUGUAUUAUCAAAACUAGGUGAGGAGGACAUGCUGAAGAAGCUUGGUGACCUUAUGAACGACAGCCAUUAUAGCUGCAGUGUUCUAUAUGAGUGCAGCUGCCCAGAAUUGGAAGAACUUGUAAAGAUUUGUCGAGAUAAUGGUGCUCUUGGGGCAAGACUUACAGGAGCUGGUUGGGGUGGUUGUGCAGUGGCUUUGGUGAAAGAGAAUAUUGUCCCUCAAUUUAUUCUCAACUUGAAGGAGCAAUUUUAUCAAUCGAGGAUUGAGAAGGGGGUGAUCAACAAGAAUGAUCUUGGCCUCUAUGUUUUUGCUUCCAAGCCAUCGAGCGGUGCUGCAAUUUUCAAAUUUUGAUUUCUGUCCUCUUAUCGUAGCCUUUCCAUUUUGGCACAGAGGAAGACAUCAUCAGAUGAAGUUCAGUGGGUGUUAGUUUUAUUUAUGAAUGGUGGCCCUUUGAUAUAUCUUGUUGUCCAUGAAUAAUGUCAAUGUUCUUGUGUAACGUAAUCGAUGAAGUAGAUAUUUUAAUCAAACAGUUCCAUUGAGUCAGCUGUGGCUGUAGCUGGAUGCCGGGGGUGGAAGGGUGCAAAUUUCGUACAUUGCACUGGUUCGCUAUUGAACUAUAAUAUACAUGUCUAGUUCCCUUUGUGGGGUUGAAAAACAAUUGAGUUGAUCAUAGUCUGCUCCACCAUAUGAACUGUCUCAUUCAGGGUUCAUAUAUAUCCAACUUCACAUGGCUUUGCACCUC